UCCAUACGAAGCGGAAGUCGAGCAUCAGACGGAGCAAAGCUUUGACGCGACUCCAGAUUGUAAACGAAACAAAACACAUGCAAUGAAAAAACGAAAACAUACAAAUGUCAAGGUCAAGGUUGAAAAAGGCACUUUCACUUGUGACACGUGUAAUAAACUGUUUACAACCAAAGCACGUUUGACCAAACAUUUUAGAAAUUACCACGGCCCUUUUUGCUGUGAUUUUUGCGGUAAAGAAUUCAAGUAUCGCUCCCACUUGUAUAGUCAUCGACGAAUACACACAGGUGAGAAUACGUACUCCUGCAAAGUAUGCGACAAAAAGUUUACAAUGUUAUCGCAAUCGAUCAGACAUGAGCGCAUCCACGACGACAUAAAACCGCACACUUGCGAAAUCUGUAAAAAGCAAUUCAGACAAUCAGGACAACUGUAUAUCCAUGCGCUAAUUCACAAAGGUGAGACUGCAAAACGGUUUGCCUGCAAAGACUGCCCGAUGAAAUUCACGCACAAAUACAAAUUGGUCCGUCACGAGCGCGUACACACUGGUGAGAAACCAUACGAAUGCACUAUAUGCUACAAGCGGUUCACUCAAAAUGUUCUGCUCGGUCACCAUAUGCGAGUUCACACGGGUGAUAAUCCGUUUACUUGUGAAAUAUGCAAUAAGAACUUUUUGUCAAAACACGAUUUGUUGAGACACAAAAACACUCACUCUGGAAGCAAGCCUUACCAAUGUGAUAUAUGUGAAAAAGGUUUUACUCAAAAAGCUCAUUUGAAUGUGCACAAACUAUUACACACUGGGGAGAAGCGUUACCAGUGCCACGUUUGCCAAAAGUAUUAUCCGUCUUCAAAUGGUCUUAUUAGACACCUUCGCACACACAGCGACUCUGGCGAGAAGCCGUAUCGCUGCGAAGUAUGCGAUAAACAAUUCAAGGAGAAAGCACAUCUGGCUGCCCAUUCGCUGAUCCACAAAGGAGAUAAAGCAAAACGAUUUUAUUGCGAACAAUGUCCAGCGAAGUUUAAUCAUAGAUACAAAUUGGUUACUCACGAACGCGUUCACUUGAGUGUUAAAGAGUUUUCUUGUAAAAUUUGUGAAGAGAGGUUUACAGAAAAAUACCAGCUUGACAACCACAUGAUGUUAACGCACCCAGAAAAAAUUACAACACCAAAGGUUUUUCCAUGCGAAAUAUGCGACAAGAAUUUUGCGUCAAACAUAGACCUGGAAAGACACAAACGUAGCCACACAGGCAUUCGGCCGUUUUCUUGCGAUGUUUGUGAAAAGAGUUUUCUCCAAGUAGCUCAUUUAUCGUCACACAAACUCACGCACACAGGGGAGAAGCCGUACACGUGUGAUGUAUGCAACAAGCAAUUUGCAGUUAAAGGUUACUUGAGUAAGCACAGACGAAUUCACACUGGUGAAGUUUUGUAUUCAUGUAAUGCUUGCGAUAAGGUGUUUAAACAUAAAGGUAGAUUGGAACAGCACUUAAAAAAGCAUACCCAGGAAGCUGAAUCAUCUUAA